AUGUUCCAAAGAAGCCUCCUCCGCGCCUCGCGACAGGCCGCCGCCCGCCCAGCCGCCUGUGCGCCCCUCCGCCAGCACGUCGCAGACACACGCACACGCACACGCGCCGCCGCGCCCGCCAUCAGAUGGUACUCGGACCCGCCUGCCGCCAAGGAGGGCGAGGCUGCUGCGAAACCCGAGGACGCGCCCAAGGACGAGUCGGCGCAGCUCAAGGAGCAGCUCGAGAAGAAGGACAAGGAGAUUGUCGACCUCAAGGACAAGUACCUGCGCUCCGUCGCCGACUUCCGCAACCUGCAGGAGCGCACCGCCCGCGAGACAAAGGCCGCCAAGGACUUUGCCAUCCAGCGCUUCGCCCGCGACCUCGUCGAGUCGGUCGACAACCUCGACCGCGCCCUGUCCACCGUCGCCCCCGAGAAGCUCAACGGCGACAACGCAGACCUCACCUCGCUGCACGAGGGCGUCAAGAUGACCGACGGCAUCCUCAUCAACACCCUCAAGAAGCACGGCCUCGAGCGCUUCGACCCCUCCGACGCCGGCGACAAGUUCGACCCCAACGUCCACGAGGCUGUCUUCAUGGCCCCCCAGCCCGGCAAGGAGGACGGUAUCGUCUUCUUCACCCAGCAAAAGGGCUUCCUGCUCAACGGCCGCGUCCUGCGCCCGGCCAAGGUCGGUGUCGUCAAGAACGCCUAG